AUGGAUGAAGGAAUGGAUCCGACAUUUGCAAUGAGACUGAGGGCGCAGCUGUCCAGGAGUCCUGACUAUGUUGUUUUGAAAAACCGUCAAAUGCAAGUAGCAGCAGAAUCGAAGUCACAAUCCGUAGAGAAAGAAAAUACAUUAUUAGGUUUUAAAAGACUUGAAGAAAUGGAGGUUGAUGAUGAUCCAAAUCAAUUAAAAUCUUUUAAAAAAUUUAAAACUGAUCAACCAUGUACAUCUGUUCAAACUUAUGAUCAGUUUAAUGGUUUUCGAGCUGAUCGGUUUAUACCUUACCGGGAGGCACAUAACCUUUCAGCAAGGUUUAAUAUUAUAUCAGAUAUUAGAUAUGGUUUAGAUUAUGGUAAGAAAGAUUUUCAAAGUGAAGCAGCUAACAAAGAUAAUGCAUACAAAGCCAUUCUUCACAAUGAACUGCUUGGAUCGAGUUAUUCAAUCACGGGUUCCUUAUUCUUUAUCUCCUCUUGGCUCCAAAAGUCAAGAAAUUUACGGUCGCCACGUAAAAUACCUCGCAAAAUUUCUAGAGUACCUUAUAAAGUUCUUGAUGCCCCUGAACUGCAAGAUGACUUUUAUUUAAAUUUAGUUGAUUGGUCAUCUUCAAAUUUACUUGCUGUUGGGCUGGGAAGUUGUGUAUAUUUAUGGUCAGCAACUACAAGUAAAGUUACAAGAAUAAGUGAUUUGUCAUCUGAUGGUAAUGUUGUUACUUCGGUUGCUUGGAAUGACAAAGGCAAUUAUUUAGCCUUUGGUACUCAAGAAGGAUCUGUAGAAGUAUGGGAUAUUGCUGCAGAAAAGCAAGUCAACAGUUUAACUGGGCAUGCGGGUAGAGUCGGUGCUAUUGCAUGGAAUGGUGAUGUUGUAUCAUCAGGAAGUCGAGAUCGUAACAUAUUUUUAAGAGAUAUGAGAGGUCCAAGUUUAUCUACAUGUAGGCGAUAUGCUGGUCAUCGGCAAGAGGUUUGUGGACUAAAAUGGUCUCCAGAUAACAGAUACCUAGCAUCUGGAGGAAAUGAUAAUAGACUAUAUGUGUGGAAUACACAUGCAUAUACUCCACAAUUGACAUAUCACCAACAUACAGCUGCAGUGAAAGCAAUUGCAUGGUCACCUCAUCAAAGAGGUCUAUUGACUAGCGGAGGAGGUACCGCUGACAAAUGUAUACGAUUUUGGAAUACGCUAACUGGACAGCCAAUGCAAUGUAUUGAUACAGGAUCACAAGUUUGCAAUCUUGCUUGGUCGAGGAAUACUCAAGAGUUGGUUAGUACACACGGAUAUUCUCAAAAUCAAAUAGUUGUUUGGAAAUAUCCUUCGAUGAGUCAAAUUGCCAAACUCACAGGCCAUACAUUCAGGGUUUUGUAUUUAUCCAUGUCCCCGGACGGAGAGUCCAUAGUAACAGGAGCUGGAGAUGAGACAUUAAGAUUUUGGAAUAUAUUUUCAAAAGCACGUUCACAUAAGGAACCCAAAUCGAAACUAAACCUUUUUACAAACAUUCGUUAAGCGGUGUGUAUUAUUACAAUUGAUCCAUAAAUUUUAAUCAUGUCUUGAUCUCUCUUUCUUAUAUAUUUUAUAUUUUGUUUGCCUUUUAGCCAUU